AUGGGCUUUCCACUCGUAACAGUGCAGUCAUUCAACACUACGCACGCUAAACUCAACCAAGCUCGAUAUCGUACAAACCCGAACGCCAAAGAUCCGAAAAGAUACCGAAAUCCUAAAUACGGGUUCAAGUGGGAUAUCCCGAUAUGGUACCAAGAAGGAAAUGAAGAUGUUAGAUUGACAUGGUUGAAAAGAGAUGAGCCACUUUAUCUCAAGCUGACUCAACCAGAUCAGCCUAUUGUGAUCAAUAUUGAACGCAAUGGUUUUUAUCGUCAAAAUCAUGAUAGCCAAGGGUGGCAAAGAAUUGCAGAUCAACUCAAGACGAACCAUGAGGUGUACAGCACACGAACAAGAAAUGCUAUCAUCAGCGAUGCAUUCGCAGCUGCGCUCGUUAACAAAGUUCCUUAUAAAACGGUUUUCGACCUGCUUCAAUAUCUGACAGUUGAAAAGGACUAUUUGCCUUGGGCAGAGGCAUUAAAUGGAUUUUUCACUGUGUUGGACUUCUUCGGCAAUGAACCAGAGAUCAUAUAUGCUCGGGUAGCAGUUCAUGCUCAAAUUGCUGGAACCGAUUUAUAG